AUGUGUUCUCCUAGUCCAUGCAGCCCUGCAAUUUGUAGCCCACCAAGAUGCUGUCCAAUACCUUGCUCAGUACCUUCUUGCAUACCAUCUUGUCCACCAGCUUGUUAUCCUUGCCUACCUUGCGUACCUUGUACGCCUAUAAUACAAUGUAGGCCACCUUGUCCGCCUCGUUGCCCACCGAGACCAACCAAGACAGUAGUGUAUUUACGACCUUGUCCACCCUGUCCACCUUGUUGUCCAAUGCCUUGUCCUCCAAAAGUGGUGAUAACAUGUCCUCCCCCUUGCUCGCCAUGCCCUACCCCUUGCUCACCAUGUCCUCUUCCUUGCUUACCAUGUCCUCCCCCUUGCUCACCAUGUCCUCCAUCACCUCCAACUUGCGCUUAUGUUUGCACACCAAAAUACGUACCUUGUAUGCCUUGUCCACCUCCUACACCCCCAGUUUGUUCACCUUGUAGACCGCUUAUUUUUCCUUGUCCACCUUAA